UCAAGUUUGAAAACAAGAAGGCAAGAUGGAGGAGCGGGAGUCCCGCUCGGAAGUGUCUGCGGAGUUUUCAGAAGUUGAACAUGUCGCUAAAAGUUGGAUGCUGGACUUUGUAAUUGGUUCUUUGUGUCAUCAUUUCAGACACGACAAGUACAAGGAAUUCAACCAGUCGCUGAGUGUUUUAGAAGCUUUGAUUCCGGGAUUUGGUCAGUUCAAGUCUUAUCAGAAGAAGAUGAUUAACAUCUGUUUUGUCCUGUCCAGGAUUGUGAAUGGGAAAAAAACAAGUCUCCAGUACGAAGAAGAUGCACGAAUUACACCUUUAAUGUCUGCUUCCCACAUUUGGAAUGUAAUAGAACAAGAGAUUGAGCAAAAGACACUAUAUGAAGAUAUCAAAAGGUUACUGUUUGUUCAGUCUGUAGCAGUUUGUUUGCAAAGUGGACAACAUCAAAAGGCAUCAUGGGUUCUUGAGAGGCUGACAGAAACCACUGAAGUGCCGCAGAACCUAAGAAUGAAACUUUCCAUGAUUGUGAACAAGAAGGAUGCAUAUCAUCAAUUUCUCUUGAACUUCAGUUUUGACGUUUUGUUGGAGAAAAUCAAGAUAUUACUUGAUUCCUUUCAAAAAGACUAUCUGUCUGAUUUCCUACUAAAGGCAGCAUCAAAGGUUGUAGAGGCCAGCAAGGAAAAAGGAGUGGAAGAGGAAACGACUGAAAUUCAGGAGUCUGGAACAGCAGCCCCAAAUGAGGCACAAUUGCAAAGUGAUGGACCUUUCCAACAAGAAGGGGUUGACGCUGGGCCAAAAAUCACAGAUGUAAACUACAGUAAUGGAAAUGUGUUCAGCUUGACACCCUCUGCUUCUUUGUUGGCAAAAAAGACAUUCAGGCCCAGAAGGAAACUCUUUUCUGUGCAAAACAUCGAACAUUGGAAGCCGAAAAGUUCCAGAAAAUCUUUUCUCGUCUGUCGGAGAAAUUACAGCAUCAGAGGAACACGGUUAUCCUUUGAUUUUACAAAAAGGAAAACCUCAGAAUUAAAAAAGAAAAGAGUAAAGAGGCACUGGACCUUUGAGGAAAACCAGGCGCUAAAAGCAGGGGUGAGACGUUAUGGAGAAGGAAAUUGGGCUAAAAUACUGAAGCAUUUCGAGUUUAAUAAUCGUACUGGUGUCAUGUUAAAGGACAGGUGGAGAACCAUGAAGAAAUUGUAUCUGGUCUCUGAAAACAAUUCUUCUGAAGACUGACAGAGCUGUGAAAGCAUUGUACAGGGCUUGCAUAAAAAGCAUUGUAAUAUAUUACCUAGUAUAAGGAUUAAGAUCCUCUUGUAAAUAGUCGUUUAAAUUGAUUAAAUAAAUUUUUGACAAUGUAA